GGGCGGCGGUGAGUUUAGAGGGUCUCUCUCCACCGGGGUGACGAGUCAGGCUGCGGGAGCAAGAGGGGAAAAAACACGCAAAAUAACCACCACAAAACCGACUAUUUUCGUCCUUCCACCGCUGGAUACGUACCUCGCCCUGGGGUUGGAUUAACUUGAAGCCACUCUUUUUUUAGUUUUUUCUUUUUAAUUUGCUUUAGAAGACCCCCGCCGCUCCGCCGAAGACAAUGGGAUCCCAGUCAUCCAAGGGAGAGGUGGCCGCGGAGGCGAACGCCGCCGCCGCAGACGGUGCUGCGGCUGUCAAGACCAACGGACAGGAGAAUGGACAUGUGAAGACCAACGGUGAUGUCUCCUCCAAGCCCGACGGAGACGCCGCCGCCACUAACGGCUCGGCUGAGGCGGCCAAGGAGCCCGAGGCCGGCGCGGGAGGCGACGCCAUCGAGCCGGCCCCCGCCGCGGACGGCGAGGCCGCCAAACCCGAAGGCGAGGCCGCGGCCAAGGAGACCCCCAAGAAGAAGAAGAAGAAGUUCUCCCUCAAGAAGUCCUUCAACUUCAAGCUCAACCUGAAGAAGAGCAAGAAGAGCGAGGCGGUCAAGGAGGAGGCGGCCGCUGCCGCCGCCACCGCCGCCACCCCCUCCGAGGAGAAGCCCGCUGAGAACGGAGCCGCCGCUCCGGCGGAGGAGAAGAAGGAGGAGGUGAAGGAGGAGGCCGCCGCCGCCGCCGCUGCCGCCGAGGCUCCGAAGGCGGAGGAGGGGCCGGCUAAAGAGGAGGCCCCCAAGGAGGAGGCCAAGCAGGAGGCAGCUGCUCCGGCCCCCGAGGCCACGAAACCCACAGAGGAGAGCAGCUCGACCCCCGCUCCCUCUGAAAAGAAAGAGUGAUUGUACAUUCAGCUCACAAUGAACUGAGUGAACUGUUUUUCAAGAGAGAGAAAGAGAAAAUUUAAGAGUAUAUAUAUAUAUAUUUAUAUAUAUAUGUGUAUAUGUAUACAUAUGUAUAUGGAUAUAUGUAUAUGUAAAUAUAUACACAUGUAUGUGAGAGACUCCUUCGACGUGCCACUUUUUUCGUCAUGAUAACGAGACGACAGACUAGAUUCACUAGAUCACUUCCCCGGUUACUGCUCGACAUCUGGACCCGGACUGAGGUGGAGGCUGUGGGGUUGGUCGAAAGAAAAAAAAAGGAUUUUAAUGGCUCGAACGCCACCUUGUUGACACCAUGAAGUACGGAUGGAUGGAUGGAGGGUGGAUGGAUGGGUGGAUGGGAUGGGAUGGAUGGAUGGAUGGAGUCGAGGCAUCAUCAGAGACGCUGGAUGAGAUACUGGGACACCACCACCACUUGAAAUGACUGUUAAAUAGAGGAAGAAAAAAAAAAAACAAGAAAAAAGAAGAUGAAAUCAGAAAAAAAUUAAAGAGACUCGCCAACUUUUUACAUUCCUAUAUUUUAACCCAAAUUUGAAGUAUUUUGUGGUGUAUUAUAGAGAAAACCAUCUUAAAGAUUCAGAGAAGCUACGUCUUGUUUGUUUAAAGAAAAAAAAAA